AUGCCAAAUGCCAACAAAAACAUGCGCAUUCCUCCAGCAUUUGUUUCACGGUUUUUAAACAACCCAGAUGAACAUAUGGUGUUGGAAGGCCCAGAUGGCCAGGAAUGUGAUGUACAGUUAUGGGGUUCCAUAGAUCGAUUGGAAUUUCGACAGGGUUGGAAAAAGUUUUUAGAUUUUCAUGGGCUAGAGAUGGGAGAUUUUCUAGUGUUUAAAUACAUUUCGAAGUCCUAUUUUAGGAUUCAGAUAUUUGAUAGAACAGCCUGUGAGAAAAAUCUCAAUGCUCGUCAUUUUAUGAAUACCAAUGUUGAUACAGAUACAAGCCCUUCUGACAAAGUGGGUAGAUCAAGUCGGCCAAUGGGCACGAAGCUAGCAAACAAUAUGGUUUAUGAUGAGAAAGAUGACGGUUUUGGUUUCAAAGCAGGCAUUUGA